GAGUCUAUAAAAAGCUUAAUUCAUUUACUUCCCUCUCAUAAUAUUUCUCUUAAAUUUCUUCUAUUUUCAGUUUUCUGCUUAAAAAAGAAUUCUUCUCUACAAACCACUGAUUCACUUCCCAGAAACCCUAGCUCUCGUCGCGUAGAGAGACCAAAUUUCUGUCCUUUUUUCGCCUUUGCUGGUGAAUUUUCAAGGAUUUCGAGCUUCCCGAAGAAAAUCGGCGUGUGCAUUGUUGUUUGGAAACGUAGGGGGCUUACCUUUGUUAUAAUAGUGUUUAUACAUUAAUUAUGAGUAGCAAAGAUUCUCAGAAUAUAAUUGGCGGGUCGGGCCCUAAGCCCGAAAUCAACCGGGCUGGGCCAUUGGUAGCAAUGAAAGAUCAUGGUGGCUCUGCCGCAGCAGCAGCAGCAGCUAAAGUUAAUACAGAGAGACGAUUGAUCAGCUUGAAUGGUAAUGGCAAUGUGGAACGGGUGGGAUAUGGAAGGUGGAAUGGUGAGCUGCUGGAGGAUCAAGAUCACGGCUUUCGAGCUGGGGACCUUGUGUGGGCGAAGAUAAAGAGCCAACCAUGGUGGCCGGCUCAGGUUUACGACCCAAGGGAUGCCUCGGAGCUCGCUCUGAAGCAUAGCCGAGAGGGCUGUGUGCUCGUGUGCCUUUUUGGUGAUGGUUCUUGCUCGUGGUGCUUGCCCCUGCAGCUAGUACCUUUAGUCGAGAAUCUUGACAGGAUGUGGAGUGAGAGGCCUUCGAGGAGCUUUGAGCAGGCGGUUCAUAGGGCGUUCGAUGAGAUAGGGAGGCUUAUGGAGUUAAAGAUCUUGUGCAGGUGCAUAUCGUUGGAGAUAAGGGGUGAUCUUGCUAGGCCUAUGGCGAUGAAUGUUGGUGUCAAGGCGGGGGUGCUUGUGCCAGAGGUGGACAUUGACCGUCUUCCUAUCCCAGAAUACGAGCCUGCUGAUAUACGUGCAAAACUGGUGGGAUUCGCGAGGACUGCCUCCUUUGACAGUGUGCUUGAUCUUACAGUCUUGAGGAGCUGGAUAUCUGCGUAUUCGUAUGCAGAAUGUGGUGGUAGGCGGCUUGCUGUGUAUAGUGAGCCCAUUUUAAUUGAAGGGUUGGAAGAUAGUAGAGUAGUGAACCCCUUCUAUUCCCCCGACACCCCCGAAGAUGUUAAGGUCUACCGAAGAAAGAGACUGAGAACUGCCGCUGAGCUUAUGGAAUUGCAGAAGCUUGCUAUUGGUGGUGGAUUUAAAGAUGAUAAUUUGGUAGUGAAACAACCAAAUGAAGUUGAAGAUUCUACUGCAAGGGAGAGGAAGAAGAGCAAGUAUCUGUCUCCUCCUUAUACGAAUCUGAAUGGGAUGGGCUAUAAGCCCUGGUUCGAGAUGAGGAAGUACACAAAAGAUAAAGAAUCUUCUUCAUUUUCAUUUCUUGAGGAGCUGGAUGAUGAGAAGACCUCUGAGAAAGAUAUAAUGACUUCUCUGGCAUCAGAUGUUGAAGUAGAGGUGAAUGAACUGAUGCUGAGGUUAAAAUCUGCGGCUGUUGAUCGUUCCUACCUGAGAAAUGAGGGCCAUCUCGAUUCCAUCUGCAGGUUCGCCUCAGCAUACAGAAGUUCGACCUACCUGCACGGCUCCCACUUCAAAACGUACCACAGGUGCAAGAAAGUGAGCCGUAAGAGAAAGAAGCUCACCUGCAGCCCCAAGGUUUUGAGAUUGACUGCGCCUGCAGACGAGCCAACAGAUAGUCUCGUGUUGGAUGCUAGACUGAUCAGGAAGAGGGUCGACUCGAUGACUAAGAUGUUGGAAAGCUGUGUCUCGAAAGCCUCAUCAGACCACAAAGCUCGGCUAAGAGAAGAGAUGAAAUGUCUGAUCGAGAAGGUGGCGGCGGCGAGCGAUAAGGUAAGGUUGAUGGCUGAGAAGAGCUCCUCUUGAAUGAAGAGAUUGGUAGCCUAGUUUUGCAGAUUUGCUUUAAUGAGAAUUUUGACAUGUUUCUGAAUGAUUCUAUAACAUUUUUUGGUGGGGGAAAACAGUUUAUGUUUAUAGUACUCAACAACUGACCUUAUUUAGAAACAAUAUAUUAAUCUUGUCAUGAAUCUAUGGACUGUGAUGAUUUUGCAUUUCA